AAAGAACUCUUUUGUAAGUGAGAUUAGCCUAAUUCAAACUUGAAAAUGGCGGCUAUGACAGGCGGUUCGUUGUCUAUUCUGGUGGAAUUCCAGAAUGCUAUUUCGAAACCCCUGGUAAAGCGUUUUGAAAUGGUGACUUCAAUUAUCAUGAGCAUAAGUACAAAGGAAGCUCACCAUAUUUUCCCAACUAUAUUAGAAAGUAUUUUCGGAUUUGGCCAUGAACCUGGUUGGAAUUUAGAAUAUAUCAACAAGAUCAAAACACCGGAAGAAUAUGAAUAUGGCAGGGCUUUUCUGUCACCAAAUGGCCCCUUAAUGAAACUGGUAUAUCGCCUACAGUCAGAUCCUUAUUUAUCAUAUGAUUUCCCCUUGCAUUGUCUACCAGCACCAACAAGACGUUUGAUUGAAGAAGGAGCUGUACCAGUAUUUUACGCCAACAAACUACAGAUGCAAGCAUUUGGUCGCCCUUAUCUAACUCUCACUCCAUUUGAAUUGUUUCUUUUCCAUUUUGCCUUUAUGCUUGUGAGCCCCAAAUCUAGGCUGAACUGCCCAAUAUGGGGUCACUUUUCUGCAUUUUUAUAUCCAACUUUGGUUGAGGAUUAUUUAGACUAUUUGUUACCUCUGGAGAAACAGCAGAUUCCAGCCAUCCCUCAUAUGCCAUCUUUGGUGCGAAGUCCUGUCAUUCAGUCCCAGAAUACUGGUUCACCAAUCCAAUCCAGUCACUCGUCUGUUUCUCCAAAAUAUAUUCCUGGUCUUCGAUUAUUUAAAUCCAGUGUUGUCACUGCUCAGAAACAACCUUUCAAAUCUCCAUCAGUCCUUGAUCAAUCUGGUACAGAAAUGUGGCACUCGGAAGCCCUUAUUCAGCCACUGGACUACAACCUUACAAUAACAACCAAAUUCAUUUGGAUUACUUUUGAAUUCAGAUUGUUAUGCUUUUAUGUUCUUAAAUUAUUUUGCUUUCUUCUUUUGCUGCAGGAAUUAUAUGUACCAACAAUCAACCACAUUCGAAUAGCACGGGUGCUUGUAAAACAUCUGCACUAUUUUGUGAACAGUGCAUUACCUCCAAUAUCGUCAACGCCUUACUACCAACAGCUCCCCACAUCAAUUGAUCAAUUCAAAAAGACUACAGUUCUUGGAAUCAUUCAGAAGCGCCUUUAUACAUUUUUACGUCAUGCUUUCCACUGGUGGCCACUGGAUUCUUCAUUUAGAUUGCUACUAGAGACCUGGUUAAGUUACAUUCAGCCUUGGCGCUAUGUUAGCCAAAGUAAGCCUAACUUACGGAGCAAUAAUGAAGAGGAUGAUAAUGCAAUUAUACAAGACAGAUGGUACAGCUUUGUUGUUGAUAACUUACUGUUCUACUCUGCAAUUUUCCAUCAAAUUCUGCCACGCUUCUUCCGAAUGGACCUUACUUCUCCCCACAAUGCUUACAUGAUGUUCAGAAUAACAAAGGUGUUCAGCAAUCCUAACCUUGUAGCUAUGCUUCACAAAGCUGAAGAGGAAAUGUAUCAACCAAUAUUCCUUCAAGCCAGUACAUCCAGAGAUAUCGGUGGUAGCUAUUUGUCUCCUGAUCACAGAUUAAAUGCUGCUCUCAAUGUUCAAAUAUCAGAAUUGGAGAGACCAGGAUUCCAAUACUUGCCCCUGUUUGAUCGAACUACUGUUGAUACAGUUCGAAAAUUACUGAUAAACAUUGCUCAUGCCAAAAAAGAAGUUAGAACUUCUGAAGAGGCUGAGAAGUCAUCACAGUUCAAUUUUCCAAGCAUUUGGUUAAAACUGGCAUCUUUUUUCAACACUAGCAACUUUUCUGGUGAUAAUGACUCCAUUGAACUACAGAGGAAAACCAGACAGCAUUUGGAGAUGGUAGAAAACCAGUUACAAUAUAUAUUUGAUAUUGCACCUCCAGAAGUUUUAUUCUAUGAUGACAACAAAGAUAAUAAUUCAAAUUUAACAAAUGGUGAUGUUCAUAAACAAUGCCAAAAUGAUGACACUUUACCUGAUUUUGAAACUACAUUUGAAGGUAAACGCCUAACUGAUGUUGGAAGACACCAGCUGAUGAACAUGCUGCGUACAGCCAGCGUGAGUUACCAAGGUGAUCCAGACCUGCAACCAGUUAGAAGUUUUGAGAACGGUUUCUUGGUACAGAAUCUUUACAACAUUUGCUGUCAGAUCAACAAUCAGUGUUCUACAACCAUCCACAAUUUGUAUUACCGUGAAGAUUUCCUUGGUCGAGUUAUGCGAGCGUAUAUCCAACCACCGCUGUGCCUCCGGGAUUUCUACUCACCAAACAAGUUGCGCAUCACAUCUAUCUCUAGCAAACCACAUAUAAGUCUUCGUCUCUUUGCCAGCUACUACAUCCUCUUUCGACUGUUGCUGCUGUAUUUGAUUCUCUAUCUCUGCUAUGACAUCAGUUUCAUUACUUACUUCAUCAUUUUGCUCUUAAUCAUUUUUUUGUAUGGUAUUGUCCAUGCCAUCUUCAUAAAGCAGCCUGUAAAAUCACCUCCAAGAAACCGCUCGGGCAGUUUUGAGGAUUUGCUGUGUAAUUUUGAAUAGGGAAAAUUAAUAUUUAAAGCGAGAAAGUCAUUGACAUUUUUAUACACCUGCAAUGUAUUUAUAUCCCCAACAGUGAUAUAGACCACAAGGUGAAACUAGUAUAAUAAUAAUAAUACUUGUAAUAUUUAUCAUCAUCAUUAUUACCAUCUUUAGUUUAAUGUCCACUUUUCCAUGUUUGCUCAGGUUGGACGUAGUAUAUUGAAGCAGAUUUUCAAUGGCUGAAUGCUGUUUCUGGCCUGUAACCAAGCAAAGUAAUAUUUCACCAUGGUUGGACAUGUCUGUGUAAAUGAAUGACACUGUGUAUAUAGCAGUGACAUUCAUUUUCAACUAGCAUGUAAUCUUAAGACAAGGUCACACACACACACACACACACAUGUAUAUUUGUAUGCAUACAAUGGGCUUUCAAUUUCUAGCAAAUCCACAUCAAGGGUUUAGUUGACUUGGAGCUACCAGAAACUGGUUGGGAUGCAAACUUCUUAAUCACACAAUUAAGCCUAUACCUGUACAGCCUUACCUAUUCUUCAGUGUGUGUGUUAUUUUACUAAUUUUACCCAGUGGUCUCUGAUCAUGCUGGAGAGAAAUGUAUAUACACAUAACUGUUUUUAAUCAUAUUUAAAUUACCUCAUUCCUCACCAUUCUACGUCUUUGUAAAAAUAUAAACAUCAAAAAUUUCAUUUGUAUUGUCUUAAAUGUAUGUUAUCAUGAACAUUAAUAUUUUUUAAAGAAAA